AUGCCGUCGGUGUUAAGCGACGACGAUAAGGAGACUGUCAAGCGCUUUGUACCCAAGCAGACGAACAAGAUUCAGGCUGUAGCUAUCGCCAGGCUAUACGUUGCGUACCCAAAUCCUGGAAAAUGGACCAACACAGGUAUACAGGGUGCUAUUGUCCUAUCGAAUGACCUCGUGGGCAACACGUACUGGCUGAAGAUGGUAGAUAUCUCGUCCGGAAACCGCGGUGUCAUUUGGGAUCAAGAGAUAUUCGACAACUGGAACUACAACCAAGACCGUACCUUCUUCCACAGUUUCGAAAUCGAGGAAUGUCUCGCUGGUCUGUCCUUUGUCGACGAGAAGGAAGCGAAACAGUUCAAAAAGAAGAUGGACGACAGAGAAAAAAACGCAAGCAGAGCUACGAGAUCGACUCCGUUUGGAGGGGCUGCCCAAUCUUCAGGACACAAACACGGCUUGCUUGGAGGUCUCUUCGGCAGCCGACACGCCUCAGCCCCCACCCCUCCAGACUCUCCGCGAUCGCACCUGACCCACGGUCGAAUGCCAUCUCUGGGGGGUGCCAACGGCCACAGCCCCUCGGAAUUCGCUGUUCUUGAUGCUUUCGAUCCUCAAUGGCGGGAAAAUUUUGGAGAAGACCUACGAGACAAGGGUUUGACGGACGACUUCAUCAAGGAGAACCAGGAAUUCAUUGUCGAAUUCUUGAAAGAAGAGCAAGAGAAGCUGAUGGCUGGUGCCCGAAGCCAUGCCCCUCCCCCCCCUCCUCCCCCUCCAGCAUCUUAUUCGAAUGGCAUCGAACCUCGGAACUCGCGCGCCCCUCCGCCGCCGCCGCCUUCAGGUGGAGGGCAUUCGGACAGUCCACGGGUACCGCCCCCUCCGCCUGCACCCAGACGUGGCGCUGCACCUGCUCCUCCACCAGCUAGGAGAUCCGGCAAAACAGAGCCUCCCGCUGUCAACCGAGAACCAACACCCCCGAGCGAGCCUGCUGCACCGGAGGCUCCAAAGAACCGAUUCGCUGUGCCGCCGCCGUUACCAGAUGCCGGCAAGCUUGCCCAUUCCCUGGGGGGGUCGAUCAACUCUAUUCGCGGGUCCGCAAAUUCCGGGCCGCCUCCCCCACCUCGACCGCCGAAAACGCCUAUGCAAGAGGAGGAGAGGCCUGCUGGUCACCGUUUUGGAGUACCGCCGGCCUUCUCCGGAUCUCGUCAGCCCCCACCCACCCCGAGCCGGGGGUCUGUUCCGCCGCCGCCUCCUCCCCGUGCAGAUGUUGGCCCCCCGCUCCCCCCGAAAGGUCCAGCAUCCGAGGCGCCUCCGUUGCCGCCACCAUCUUCACGACCUGUGCCGCCGCCUCCCGCAGCUGGCAAUCCUCCGCCUCCGCCUCCGUUACCGUCAUCGAGUGCUCCCCCGCCACCUCCUCUACCCAGCUCUCCGCCGCCGUUGCCGUCAUCGAACGCUCCUCCAGCACCCCCUCCAGCACCUCCUUUACCGCCAUCGUCCAACGCACCCCCAGCCCCACCUCCACCGCCUCCCGGAAUGGGCAUUCCUCCCCCGCCACCUCCUCCACCCCCAGGUGCCUUGGGCGGUCCGCCCCCCCCUCCUCCCAUGCCCAACAGAGACUCUGGCUACUCAUCGAGCGUCCCGGUGCCUGCUCCAGAUUCUUCGCGCUCGGCCGUACUAGGCGACAUUCAGAAGGCUGGCGGUAUCAAAGCUUUGAAGAAGGUUGAUAGAAGCCAAAUUCGUGACAGAAGUGCCGCGACCGUUGGUGGCAGCAGCGACACGGGGCCGCAUGGUAGUGGCUUGCCUCCCAGUGGCGUCGCUCCGGGUGGUGGUGGUGACAUGGCCAACGCACUGGCCGCUGCAUUGCAAAAGAGAAAGGAGAAGGUCAGCAGAAGCGAUGACGAACGAAGUGACAACGACGACUGGUAA